AAUGGAUAUGGCGGACUGUCAAUGCGCCUGUGCGUGACAUCAGAGUCUGCUCCUUGUUGCUUUUCUAUGCAACAUCUGAACAAAGGCCUGCCCCUUUUCAGGAGGAUUUCUCUACCGCAAUCGUUACUUUACGUGUAAUCACGAUUACUAAAUCGGAUUACGCUACUUUUAUUAUAUUUCAAGACGUCAGUAACAGCAGAGAUGAUUUCCGAAUUGGAGGUUGAUCACAAUGAAAGCAGCGUCGAGAUCAAAUCGGCCAUGCAUACUUGGCGUUAUCGCCACCAUUUCACGUACAAGGCAGAUCAAGGAAAAAAUAUCAUCGUGCAGUGUAAUCUAUGUCUGCCGAGGGUAAAUCUGCUAUCCACGUCGAAAACCUCCACAUCAAACCUAAAGAAGCAUUUAGACAGAACACACUUGGGCUGUGAAGCCAAGCCUGAUGUCAAGAGGGGGAGGAAGAAAGAAGAGUAUAACGGUGAGGAGAGCAGGCACUGCCAACUCAAAAAAUUAAAAGCAGAAAUAAUCUCCAAAUGCAUGACCCAAACAAAAAUCGAUGAGCUGAUAUUCAACUUCAUUGUGGAGGAUUGCCAGUCAUUUUACGUGCUGGAGCAACCUGGAUUCAGGAAGCUGGUUGCAGGCUUAACUGAAGGGCUUAGGUCCAUGGACAGAGUGACCUUGUUCACAAAGGUGGACCAGGGUUUCUCCAGGAUGCGGGAAGAGCUGAUGGAGAAACUCAGCAGCAUCCAGUAUGUGUGCACCACGGCUGACAUCUGGACAGCCAACAGCAGGAGCUUCUUCGGGAUGACCUGCCACUGGAUCGACAAACAUUCUCUGGAGAGGAAAUCUGCGGCUCUGGGGUUUGCACGGCUGCAGGGCAGAAUCACGCACGACACCAUCGCUGGACGCAUACAUGACAUCCACGUGGCGUACAAUAUUGAAACUAAAGUUCAGACCACGGUCACUGAUAAUGGCAGCCCCUUCAUCAGCGUGUUCAGGGAGUUUGCAGUGGACAGCAAGGAAAGUGAUGAUGACAUCGGUUUCUAUGAGAACGUGAGCACCGUCCUGGAGGGUGAGCCAGAGCAGGACAUGCUCCUGUUUCUGCCCACUGUACAGCGCUGUGCCUCACACACCCUGGAGCUGAUAGUCACUGAGGACUUCUGGCAGGCUGUGUCCCAGGGGCCCAUGUGCCAGCUACAUUACAGCACAAUGGCCAAGGUGUACGCCGUCUGGAACAAAUGCCACCAUCUCCAGGUCGGUAUGGAUUCAGCAGAGGAGAUUGGAAAGAUGGCGCUUGUUGUUCCAGCUGUGAUACGCUGGAAUGUGGAGUACUGUGCUGUGCAGAAGAUUGUGUCCCUCUCUGAGCGGGAGCUGACAGAGUUGUGCGCCCGCCUGGAGGUCCCACGCAUGCAGCCAGAGGAGAUGGCCUUCCUGAAAGAAUACGUGACUGUGUUCCACCCGCUCGCUUUUGCACUUGAACUUUUCCAAGCAGAGCAGAAAUGUUACCUGGGUCUAGUCAUCCCGACCAUACUCAGUCUGAAGAACAAGCUAAAUGAGCAGAAAGAUUCUGCAACCUACUUAAGCGGGGUCAUCAACGCCAUCGUGGUGGCUAUUGAUUUGCGGUUCCAGGAGCUGUUCGCCAGCACAGAAGCUAAGAUUGCAACAGCGACGACGCCUCAGUUUCGUUUGCUGUGGAUGGCUGCCUCCGACAGAGAGGAGAUGUGCGCCGUGCUGGCUACAGAGGCAGCCCAGAUGGAUCCAGGCACCAUAACUGAGCCAAACACCAGCCGAAGCUCAUCAAACACCAUUGAAACUGAGGAUGACUUCUUCAGCUACGGGUCUGUGAAGCCUGCCAUUCAGAUCCAGCAACGGGGAGUGAUGGAGGAGAUCCGCAAGUAUGUGGAAGGAACGGGGAAGAGCCUAGAGUGCCUUCAGGACUUCCCCAGAAUGAAGCAGCUCUUCUUAAAAUACAACACAACUCUGCCAUCCACGGCCCCCAUCCAGCGUCUCUUCAGUCAGAAAGGCAACCUGGUCACCUCACAGAGAAACUUUCUGACCGACGAUUACUUCGAACGCAUUCAGCUCCUGAGAUACAACAGUAACGUGUGUACUUUGGCCACUGAGUGAACACAUUGCCGGUGACUCUCUCGCUCAGCCUUUUAAUUGAUUCAAAAUCAAAACCAUUUUGUGCUCAAAGAAAGUCAUUACUGAUAAACCCUUAGUAAUAUCUCAUUUCAGACAAUUAAGCCCAGAUGUGUUUUUUUAAAUAUUACUCUUAUCUUUUUUAAUAGUCAUAGUGUAUAUCUCCCUGUCUGAAGGGCCUCGUGAAAUAUAUUUGUUGACAAUCACAGAGAAUGACAUUCAAGGACUGAUCUAAUGUGACAAAAGCAUCUUUCUAGCUGUGCUAUUGUUAUUGUUAACCCAAGUGAGUUCCUCUUUCAGUUAGGUUUGUUUUUUUCUACAGGUGCUCAAUGAGAAUGCAUCUCCUGUCUGUUUGUUUUAUAUCAUAUAUAAAAAGACAAGGAAAGAGCCCUUUUUUGUCUGUCGUGCUUUUUUUUUUAGCGACGUUUGGGUCGGCUGCCUUAAGCCAAAAGUGCAUCAGCAGAUACUGUUUCAAAGAAGCCUCAGAGCACACAAACUACAGAAAUCCCAUUGCUGCAGAGUCCCGAGUGUAUUCCUUACUGAGCGUCCAGCUGUCAAUUGAGAGUGUUUGUUUUGUCAGACAGCUGCCUGGAGACCAGCAGGAGGAUGUCAGAGCAUACAAACACACACACAGGCAGUGUGGACCUGAGCUGUCAAAAACACGACACUUCUGAAGAUGUCGGCCCUGAGAGAGUAUGAAUCGCCUUGGGAUUUUCUUUUUCUUCUUUUCAACAUCAGUGCAUGUAGAAACCUAUAUGUUUAUAUAUUCCAGUUAUCUGUAUUUCUUUGACUUUUCUUUGAAGCCACUGAGAUUUAGGCAGAGAUAUAAAACUCCCCAGCAGUGGGCUACAGUUAAACUGCCCUCACUGCUUCCUAAAAGUAUGUUCUACUUGAGAGACAGGGUGUAAGGACUGUAUUCAACAACACAUCAGCUGAUAAGGGGAAGAAAGAGCUUUAACAACAGGUUGCCAAUAGGGGAAGCAGGAUUGUAUGAAGCUAAAGGGCUGCUGCAGAAAUGCAAUGUGAUACACACAUGCUCAGUUGUUUUGCACAUGGAUAAACAGGUAAAAUACAGUCAACUGGUAAAAAAAGAAUUGCCUUGCUUAAUCAUGGGUGAAUAACUGCUGGACUACUAAAUCAAACUUGAAGUCACUUUUUAAAUAAUCUGGUUUUGUUUGACGAGAAUUUUUAAUUGUCUUCUUUUCAACCUUGAGAAAAGUAUUGGUCUGUGUACACUAGCACGUUUAACAUUAAUGUAUACUAGGCUUCUCAAUAUGAAAGGUUGCAGAAUAUCAGUCAUAUCUGCAUUACUGUUAUGAAACAUGGCCAAAUCAAUAAAUAUUUGUAUGACGCCAUA